GGCGCUAGCACUGUUAGCUCUGUGGAUGUAUUCUUAACUGGAAGCGGAUAUUUACAGUCGUAACGCAAGCAUAUGUAAUUUAAUUUGCAAUUUUGCAACAAUGUCUUCAGUUCAGUAUUUAAGAGAGUUUAUUAACGAGAGACUAACUGCUGCUGCUGAAGAAAUAUUCGGAGUUUUUGAGAAAAUGGUCGUCGACUACGAAGAAGAGAUCGACCGUCAGCGCAGACUGUUGGAUAUAGCUUGGAAACCUGAUAUUAAGUUACUCAGGAUAGAGCUCCCACAGCAACAUGUCUGUAAGGAGGAGGAGGUUGUCGCUGAGCAGCAGCUCUGUUUUUAUGAGAGGAACUCCAGUGUGGAUCAAGAGGAGCCAUAGCCUCCAUAGAUUAAAGAGGAAGAGGAGGAACUGUGCAGCAGUCAGGAGGGAGAGCAGCUUGAAGUGAAGCAGGAGACUGAUGACUUUAUGUUGACUCCUACUUAUGAGGAUAGUGACCACAGUGAGGAUCAGAGUUUGAACUUGAUUAUUGAUGAAACUCAAAAUGCGGUGGAGGAAAACUUUAUAAACUACAUUUUAGUUAAACGCUCUGUGGUUUCGGAACCAAACAGUGAUCACCAGCUCCUCUCUCACAACUCUCAUGCAGCUGAGAGCCAAGUUCAGGUAGACAGCAAGCACGGAGACUCAGGUUCGACUAGAAAUGCAGAGCAAACACAACCGAAUCAACAUCACAACAAUAGCAGUCACACUAAUAAUGUAUCUAACCCUGCUAUGUCAACAGUUUACUGUAAUACUCAGACAGGUAAAAUGUCUUUCAAAUGUGACACAUGUGGGAAAGCUUUAAACUGUAAGUCAGCUUUGAAGAGACACCUGAUAACUCACACAGGUGAGAGGCCAUAUUCUUGCCAAACAUGUGGGAAAGAUUUUGGACAUAAUAGUGACUUGAUAGUCCACAUGAGAAUGCACACAGGUGAGAAGCCAUAUCCUUGCAACACCUGUGGGAAAGGAUUCACUAAGGCGUCAGUAUUGAAGGCUCACAUAAGAACACACACAGGUGAGAGGCCGUACUCUUGCCAAACAUGUGGGAAAGAUUUUGGACGUAACAGUGACUUGACUGUCCACAUGAGAAUCCACACAGGCGAGAAGCCGUUCACGUGCAAAACAUGUGGCAGAGCUUUCAGACUUAUCGGUCACUUGAUAGGCCACAUGAGAACUCACACAGGAGAGAAGCCGUAUCUUUGCAAAACAUGUGGGGCAGCUUUCAGACAUAGUAGCCACCUAAUAGGCCACAUGAGAACCCACACAGGUGAGAAGCCGUUUAUAUGCAAAACCUGUGGGGCAGCUUUCACACUCAAAAGUCACUUGACUGUCCACAUGAGAAACCACACAGGUGAGAAGCCGUAUCCUUGCAAAACAUGUGGGGCAGCUUUCAGACAUAGUAGCCACCUAAUAGGCCACAUGAGAACCCACACAGGUGAGAAGCCGUUUAUAUGCAAAACAUGUGGGAGAGCUUUCAGACUUAGAAGUCACUUGAUGAGCCACAUGAAUACCCACACUGGGGAGAAGCCACAUACUUGCAACACCUGUGGGAAAAGCUUUUGUCGGAUGUCACUAUUGAAGUCUCAUUUGAGAAUCCAUACAGAUGACAGGAGCCCUGUUCUUGCAACACAUGCAGAAGAGGUUACGGAUGUAAUCGUGACCUUAUAAGCCACAUGAGAACCCACACAGGAGAGAUGCUGCUUACAUGCAAAAGGUGGGAGAGCUUACUUGAAGAAAAACACCUGAGAACCGAUAUACACAGGAGAAACCCCCAUGAAGAUGUGUUCACUCAUUGAAUGUAAUCCACUUCUGCAAUAGCUACAUGUCUCACUGAUUGUAUAUAAUUUCCUAUUGAAAGGAAGUCACAGUAUGUUAAAGUAGAACAUCAUAAUCAGUGACAUCACGUUGUGUCGAUCUGAUCUUAUUUUAUCUUUCAUAUCACUGCACUUAUAUUUCUCUUGGCAACUGUAUUUCUUUAAAACAAUUAUAAUCUCCCAAGUUUAUUGAAACGUCUUGGUUGUACAGUGAGUGCAUGAUUGUUAUAAAUGUUUGACUGGGAAUUAUUAUUUUUUGAAGAAUUUUUAUACACCUCCUUAGUUAUAGGAGUGGACUGUGAACUUUCUUGUUGAGGAUGAGAAACCCUCUCUGUAUGAGAGCCAGUCAUUUCUUUGCUGUCUGCAAAAUGUCACUUAAGUUUACAUUUUUAUGUAUUUUAUAUGUGCAUCAAAUUGCUGUAAUUGUUCUUUCAGGUUUGAGUGGUGACACACACACACACACACACACACACACACAAAUAUUGUAGAUGAUGUACUACAAGUGGUGUCAGCAAUUCAGCCUACAUAAUGAAUACAAUGAUCAAAGGAUGUUGCCACCUAAAUACUGGUGUCUGAUCUCAUGUAUAUCAAACAAUAAAGCUUUGUAAGAUGAUGA